CAAAUUGCUCAAAAAAUUGACAAAAUAGUUUUUUUGUCUGUUAAUUCUUAUUAAAAAACGUAUACAUUAUUAAUCGACCUGUCAAAACACAUGAUGACAGUCGUUUACAAUACGAAGUAAUGUACGAUGGAAAAAGAUACACAACUAAAUGCGAGUAUCGAUCUCAUAUCUUUUUUAAGAGAAGAAAUAUAUUGUACAUACAUACCUACAAAUAUGAAAUUAUGAUCUCAGAUUUAUAACAUUUAUCAAAUAAGACGAUUCCUAAGUAAUUGAAUAUAGUAAAAGAAUGGCAUCGCUGUUAAGAUUUAUGGUUAAUCCCACUGAACUACAGAAUGCAAUUAAAAUUAAACACGAGAUGGCUGAAUCAUCAAGACUCCAACAUUUUAUCGCGGCUCGUAAGAUUCAAGCUUGGUUCCGCGGUGUCAUUACCCGCAAUCAUCUUCGUAAACUUCACGAAAACGCGACGAUUCUACAACGUCAUUGGCGCGGUUAUCAAGCCAGAAUGUUUGUUAAUCAGUAUUUAGUUGAACGUGUUCACCAGAUGUGGCAACAGUAUUACAAUGACAUGGCAACGAGAAUCCAAGCCGUUUGGAGAGGCUAUUGGUCUAGAAAAACACGGAUAAACUUUUUACAGUUGCAACGAUGGUUAAGGAACGUUUAUACGAAGAACAGUGAAACUUUAGAGAAUAUGAAGAAAUUUAGACAAGGAGAACUCGAGCAUGUGGAAAGUGUGACUGAACAAGAAGCGAUGCUCUGGAUUUUAUUUAUUUUGUUCAAGGUGAACAAUAAACUGUUAACAUUGGAUCUUUGCAAUUGCACGUGUACAUCUCAUCUUUUGUUAUAUAAUUUAAUGCUUAAACAUUGCUUAUACGUUAUGUUCCUAAAGCUGCAUCAUCUGUUGAGAACAAAGUGUCGUCCCGGUGUCAUUACAAGAAUUGACAAAACUCGAUUCAUAUUCAUUGAAGAAAUGUUAAAGUGUCUCGAAUAUGAUCAAUAUAUUUCGAAAGCAGGAGCUGUUUGUAGAGACUAUCAAAUUAAUCGUAAACCUUCUUUAAUCUUUCACGGCACUUAUUUUGAGAAAUGCGAGAAUGAGAUUCGCGAGUUUGAGAAAAGUUUACUUGCUGAUAACGUAACCGUUUUCAGAAGUACGUUUAAUUAAUAAAUUAAAUCAAAUAAUUUUUAUUACAAAAAGAUCUCACUUUAUAAAUCAAGCAUACCCUAUUGUCUUACAAUUUUAUGAAAAUAUCUUUUUUUCCAUAUGCUUUGUAGAUCAGCAUUU